AUGGCCGACAUCGCCAUCUACGCCCUCGUCGGCGGCAUCACCAACCUCCAGGAGCGCGUGAGCAACUUCCGCAGCCCGGUCAUCCCGCUGUCGCGCACGUCGCAGCCCCCUGCACCGCCCCCGAUCCCGCCGCACAUCUCGCGCUCGGCCGACGCCCAGUUCCUCGAGGGCACCCUCACCGAGCACGGCCUCGAGCUCGCGCACUACUCGUGGGCGACGAGGCAUGCCGCACUGUCCCUCAGGCAGUACGCCCUCAAGGACGCCGUCCAGAAGAACCUCAUCGGCUGCUGGGCCGGCCUCGUGCGCGGGCAGCAAGGCGCCGAGACACUGCGCGCCGUGCGGCUCGCCGUCGACGAGGCGGCGUGGGUCGAGGAGCGCCUCCAGGCGGCUCUCGACUGGUGCGCCCAGCAGCACGUCAAAAAGAUGAAGCUCGCGAGCAUGGUCCAGGCUCGCAGGGGCAAGCGCAGCACCAUCGUCCGCCCGACGCACACCUCGAUCCCGCCCACGCUCCUCGACCUCCCCUUCCCACUCCCGCUCGCGCCCCCCUCGUCACGCCUCGCACCCUUGAUCCCGCGCCCGCCCCCGCUCCUCGACAGCGACACGCCCGACGGCGAGUCGCACGCGGGCCCGCCGACCUACACGCGCGAGGCCGACGGCGCGAGCGGCGAGUCGACCCUCGAGGGCGGCUUCCUCGAGGGCGAGCUCGAGGUCAUUGCAGAGCAAGCCCGGCGAGACGAUCCCGCCCGCCUGUACGUCGGCACCGAGCGGGUCCUCCUCGUCCUCCUGCACUCGUUCCCCGACUUCCUGUCGCAAGCCGCGCCGGCCUUGGUCGACACGCUCCCGCACGAGGCGGUCCACUUGAAGAACCUCAUCAACUCGGCGUUCCCGAUCCAGACGAGCAAUGUCCUGUUGCCUGACCCGCUCGACGCGACGUCCGCCGACCCGAACCCUCAAGGUCUGCAAGUGCCCCUGUCGAUCGUCGACCCAGCUGCAAGCCUCGGCGCCGCAGGCUUGCGCACGGUCGUCGACUCGUGGCUCGACAAGGCGACCCCCGUCGACUUGCCCUCCAAGCUCUACGAGCGGCUCGUCGCCGCCGGGCCCGAGGCGCCGGUCAUCAACGGCCUCGUUGCGCACCUCAUGCGUCACGGCACGAGCGGCGGCGGCACGUCGUACAACCACGACGCGCCCUCGGCACGCCUCCUCCGCGACCUCGUUCAGCGUGACGACCCGGCCUUGAGGUACGCCCUCCUGUCGGGCGUCGCCAACGCUCUCCGCUGGCCCAACCUCCACUCGCACUGGGCGACGACCGCGCUCCUCGACUUGUUCGCCUCGGGCGAGCGCGAGUCGGUCCUGCGAGUCGUCCUCGAGCGUGCCACCACGUGCCGGCCCGUGCCACACGCCGUAACCGCGGCGCUCACGCAGCUCCUUCACCUCCAUGGUCCCGCCGUCGAGGAGACCCUCGCCCCCGCCCUUCCCGCCAACGACCCCGGCGCGAACCUUCUCAAGGAGCACCUCGCCCGUCUCGCAUCGGGCCCUCGGUCCACCGCUCCUCAGUAGUGCCCCCUCCCCCUCCUUGAAUACCUCUCCCUCUCCUUCUCUGUCUGUCAGCGUACCCUGUAAAUUUCGUCGUCGCCCGUCCUCCUC